AUGUCGCUGUCGGUGGAGCUUCGUGUGACUUGGGUAUCUGGACCCAGCAUUUCCCUCACGCUCAGGCCACGACUGCCAGAUGAGCCAGUUGCUGGCCCUGGGGGUGGGGUUCUAAUUGGCAUAGAAGGUGGAGGGUGCUGUUGUUGGAUAGGUGGAUAUGGGAGAUUGGACGAUGUAGAGCCGUGCGGCGACGAAGAAUGUCGAUGCUCGAAUGAAUAUUGGGAAUGUGACGACGAACGUCUGUCGUACGGCGCCUGGGAUGUGGAGGUUGUAAAUGAGGGGGUGGAGGGCGCUCGUCGACGAGAGGCCUUCCAUAAGCGGGAGGUGGAUAUAAACUUUGUGGAGGCGGGAGAGGUCCAUCUUGUGGGUGUUGUGGUGGUUGCGGCGGAGGAAGUGGUUGGCCAUGUGCACCAUAUAAUGGGAUCGCAUCUGCUCGAGGGCCGCCCCGUGGUGCCGUGGCUAUCGCAGUUCGUUGUCUUGGAGCGGCAGCCGGAUAAACCACAGGGGGUGGAGCUGGGGCCGGGUGGCCAUAUAUAUCAGCAGGACGUUGGCAACGAAGCAAGCAUGCAAGCAAAUAUCAUGGAGAGGUUGGGCAAGAGUAGAGGAAGGGGUGGCGGCAAGGAGGAAAGGAGGGAGUACGGACAGGAUGCUGUGAUGAAGGAGGAUAAUCAGGUUGACCGGCGGACCAUAUUGGCCUGGAAGGAGAGCUGUGCGUCGCCUGUGCGUCGGUUCGUGCGUCGGUUCGUGCGUCGGUUCGUGCGUGACAACAGGGGCCGCAGGGUUUUGGGUGGAGGAGGGAUUGGAAGGGAGAUAGGUGUUCAGCUCCCCUACACAGACGUCACGACGCGCGGGAUGGCCGGGACCGGGAUCAGGGCCGAAUCAAAUGUGCGGCGCUUCUGCUGUGUGAUGUCUAUGUGCGCAUGGAUGGACGUCCCAGUUGCAAGCACAAUCGAGUCCGUACGGGGAACCAGAUGCCGUAAACACUGGGGAGGCAGAAGGAGGGAGAGGGAGAAUGGAAAGGGGAGGCAAGAGGCGGAGAGGCGGAGAGGCGGAGAGUAA